AUGAAAGCAAUAAUAUUCAUUGUGUUAUUAGUGUGUUUACAAUUACAAGCCAAGGACUUGAUAUUAGGUACUAGAAUUAAUAACUUGUUGAUAUCAACACAGAAAGUUGUGUUUAGUGGAAUACCACUUAUAAGGCGGGAUAAAGAUUAUGUGUAUACUGAUUCGAAACAGAGGAUUAUUAAGGGUGUGAUUGCCCGCGACCUUUCUCGAACUGACGCUGAAGUGACAGUGACAGCUGGAGGUGUGGGCGAAACCCACAUAACUUUACACCUGCGGAGUGCGAGGGGGGAGGGACUGAACUAUCUUAUACUCAUUUUUAGUCAGAAUAAAUAG